AUUGUUCGCGAACAUUACAUCUUACAGGGUAGUAUUAUUUGCGGGUUUGAUAAGAAGUAUAUUACACGUAGUGCGGUCUCUUUAAACUGGCAGCAUGGUAGACAAGUUUGUAGGAACCUGGAAAAUGAUAUCCAGCGAGAGUUUCGAUGAUUAUAUGAAGGCUUUAGGUGUCGGCUUUGCAACUCGCCAGAUGGGAAACAUGGCCAAACCAAGCCUGGUGGUCACCGUGGACGACAAAGGGGUAAUUUCUAUGAAAUCGCAGAGCACCUUUAAAUCGACGGAGAUAACAUUUAAGCUUAAUGAGGAAUUCGACGAAAUCACCGCCGACGACCGCAAAACCAAGACCAAAAUAACGAUUGAAAAUGGAAAACUUAUCCAAAAGCAGAAGUGGGAUGGAAAAGAAACAACGAUAGAGCGAGAAGUGCAGGAUGGAAAAUUGAUAGCGAAAUGCACAAUGAAAGGUGUUGUGGCUAUCAGGACCUAUGUGAAGGAAGCUUGAAGCAACAGCUACACUCUUACAAAGACAACUCCCUCUCUGUCUUCCUGCUUGCUACUACUGGUAGUAUAUACAUGUAGUAUAUGUUAUAUGUAAUGUUAUCUGGUGCUCUGAAUAAAAAAAAGGGUUGAAGAAGAA